AUGGAAAAAGAAACAUUAAAAAUUAAAGAACCAAAAUAUCAUGUAUUUACCCCAGACUUGGACUUGUCAAAGAGCGCACUCGAGGCUUGUGAACUCAUUUUUAGGAGGGGAGACAAACUUGAGAAUCCAAUGGAAGGAUCAAUUCAUUCUAUAAACAACCGAGGCAAGUUAAACUAUUGGCCCUCUGAUGAAAAUGAUUCAACAAUAGAAGAAAAUUUGAAAACUGUUGGUAGAUUAUUUUGUUUGUCAGUAUAUAUUCAAAAAUCAAAUCAUCUACAUACGUUUAAAUGCAAUUAUGAUAAAUAUCAAACUGCUGAUUUGAAAAAUAGUGUAUGGUAUGUUGGUAGCGGAUUUCGUGCUUCAGACCUUCAUAUGCAUCUUCUUGGCUUCCAAUUUCCAAAUCAAGUGCCAAUCUUAUUGCCAUCGUUUCCAUUAAACGAGAAGAAAAAAGGAACUGUAACUGGAUAUCCAGCGGAUAUAUCUAAAAAAGACUUUGAAGAAAAAUAUCCAGAAAACAAUGGUAUGUUCCAAACAGUCAAAGACAUGGCCGGACAAUUUGAACACAAAGUGGUAGCUUUGACACCCGAAGUCACAUUAGAAUCCAACUACCUCAGUACUCAUCGAUGUCCAACACUUCAUGGUGUCUCUGGAGGUCCCGUCAUCACCCAAGAUUCCAAACUACAUUAUUUCGAUGCCAUUCAUGUUGGAGGUCACCACAAUUAUUAUCACAACUUUGCAGUUUCAGUUGCAUGUCCUGCCUUUGUCUAUGUUUAUUUUGAAUCAAUUGCAGAUGAUGCUUUUAUCAAAAAGCAUGGCCUUGAAGGUUAUAAAAAUUAUUACCUAAAAUUAAAAGGAAAUGACCUCAAUGGGUAUAUUUGCAAAGAUCUCCAUUUCAAAGAAUGUAAAAAAGUGGGAGGUAUCUGCUUAAAAGGCAAAGAUAUAUUGAAUGUCGAAGAAGAACAUAAGAGCAGCAAUCAACAACUCAAUAAAGAAUCUGAAGAAGAGGGAGUUUGCAUCAUCAUAGAUGAAAAUGGAAAAUCUGUUAUUGAUGGUCAUGUGACGAUCCUAAAGAAAAAUGGUGAACCUCUAGAUUUUAAAUAUGAUCAAGAUUUUAAAAGAUCGGUUCAAACCGUUUGUAAAUCUGUUGGAAGAAUAUUUGUAGAAUAUACACCAGAACCAUUCCCCGAGAGUGAUAAGAAACCACAAAUAAAACAGUCUCAAUGGGAAUGUGGAACUGGGUUCUAUGUUGGUAAUAAUUGUAUCAUGACUGCCAAACACGUUAUAGUCGAGAACAAGAUUAUUCGGAUUAAAGUAGAAGAAAAUGGAAAAGAGAACUUAAGUGGCUAUGGAUUAAACUACCAAUUUAAGAUUGGUAGAAUCUACAUGCAUUUUGGAUUAAAUGGAGUGGAAGGAGAAGAUUUUAGAUUGGCUGAUGUUGAAAUUGGCAUAUUCCAAGAUAAAGAUUUCGAGCUUGAAUUGCUCGAUCGAAAGGUAGAUGAUUACUUUAAAAAGGUUUAUCCUAGAUGGUCAGAGAUCAACGACUUUGGUGUUUUAAAAAUCAAGAGCAAACCAGAAACACCAUUUAGAAUUCAAGACCUUGAAAUACUAGUUCCAUCGUAUCCUCUUACAAAUCUACAGCAUCAAUAUUUGUUUGUUAUUGGUUACCCAGGAAAAAUUGAUUUGGCAGGAUUCAAAAAGUCAUGUCUGGACAAUAUUCAAGGCAUUGACGUUCAAUCAGUUUUUGAUGAAUUUGAUCGCAAGUGCAAAGGAUUUGAAAAGAAAACAGUGUCAGUUUCUUCGCGAAUUGAACAAAACACCAGCAGUAAUCUUGGUGUUCAUAAAUGCCCAACGAUUGGUGGAACAUCAGGUGGCUUUGUAGGAACUGAUAAAACGGGAACUAAAUUUGUUUCUGUGCACGUGGGAUCACCAUCACAACAGAAAGUUAAUUUUGCUAUUCCAGUAGAUUAUCCACCAUUUGUUUACAAUUAUUUCCAUCAUGUUGCAACUAAUCAAGAAUUUAUCAAACAACAUGGUCUCGAGGAAUAUCAAAAAUACUAUCAAGAAAUUAAAUCAGAACAUCCUAAAGUAAUAAAUAACUUAUUCUUACCCAUCAUGGGAAAAGACUUGUAUUUCAUGGGGAACCCUGAACAAAAUAGGGAGAUUGAACUUGCCAACAAGGUAUAUGGAAAGUAUGGUGAAUCGAUCUACUCUAUCAACAAUUACAACCAACUCAAUUUCUGUCCCCUACCACAAGCCUAUCAAUCAAAUAUCGAGUUGUCAACCAAUUCAAUAGGUAGAUUAUUUAUAAAGUAUGUUGAUUUCAAACCCUAUUGA